UUCGCAUGUUCAAUCAGAUCGAUGAUGUUCACUCGAGCAAACUUGUUUCAACCAGGAGGCUAUCGCCCGUCCUGGAUGCACAUACCGAACGAUCGGUACGGUGAGGAAGGACAUAUACUGAAGGGUCCGGUGCCAGGGUCCGGUCCGGUGGAACCUGAGGUACGGUGAGGCCGACAUGUGGAUCCCUUUAAGAAAUCCAAGAUCUCUUCCACCUUCCAAGAGGUCUUUUUUCUGGAGGCUUUUGACUUCAAAGUCGCAGGUGGUGAUCUGUUGGUUUCGGUGCUUGAGAAGCUGGCACCGAUCGCUUUUUCUCCGAUCCACCGAGCGCUGUGUGGAGACCGGACGGCCGUGUGGACGGAUGGAACUCAGGCGUUGGAAGAAGGGCGAGUGGGUUUGUGUCCGGCGAGAUGGACAACUCAGGAACGGACAGCUUGGGGAGAGCGCAGGUGGACCCCACUUUGAUGCUGGGUGGAAAUGGAUGCUGGAGAGUCUUUGACGUGGUCCGGGUCAUGGGUCAUGGGUAAAAAAAACAGCAAACAUGGGUUGGUUUCAGCGUACUUUCAUAUCUUUCAUACAGUCAGGUCAACAUGUAUGAAAAGGUGUGGGCAAAGUAUAUAGGAAUUCUUCACUCUGGGAGGGUGAAGCCAUUUCAUGGCCUGUUGGCAAACAUCUUGCUCGUGAGCAUAUAGUUAUAAGCAAUCUAUUUGCCACUGGUGAUUUUCAACACAAGCUUGUGGGUGCCAUGGCCAGCCAUGCCACAAGCUUGAAAAACAGAACAUUUCAAGCAGAAUGGCUUUGGCAGGGAGCCGCCCCCUCGGCUCCUUGUGUGGCCUACUGACUAUUUGGAUCUAUUUAAUCUAUUUGGUUAAACGCACCAGUUUGUCUGAAAGCACUCCUCGGACUUCACGGUUCACAUGCCUCAAUAAAUUGGUUUGAGGUUCCCAAGCUGAGAAGUCGGACCACCGUUCUGAACAGGAGGUUCGCUUCUGUGGAGCCUGGGAGAAGAUGGAAUCCAUCCACCGGAGAUACCUGAAGAAGUUUCAUUCAUGGGAAGAGGGUGAGGACGUGGAGAUCCACGAUGGUUCAGGCGGCCCACCCCGAGCAGCGGUGGUGAAGGAAAACUUCGACGCCCGCGGGAAGAAGGACCUCUCGGAACUUCUGGUGAAGGUGGCUUGGACGAGCUCCGGCAGCACGGCCGUCGCCUUCAAGCGGGUCGCAGGGCGCAAGGAUGAAGCACAAGGCAAGCCGGAGGAGGCCGAGGUGGCACCCCCUCGAGCGCAGGCGAAGCGCCGAGCGGCUGUGAUCGAAGUGGUCGACGACGACGGCGUCGAGAGCGGUGGCGGUGCCGCGGAAAACGUGGUGAAAAGAACACGUUUUGCGGGCCCCCGCAUCAGCACGCGCUAUAGUCGCCAGAACCCCAAACCCGCCAUGACGCGACGCCACUGCGAUGCAGUGACGCGACUGCGAGACAACUGGAGCGAGCGAAAACGUGCAGUGCUGACGGCACUCGUUGAUUCAGGUGCUGACAUUCUUGGCUUGCAAGAAGUGAAGCCAGAUCAACUGCAAUUUCUGGUUUCUUCUCUUCAAUCACAUGGAUAUCAGCACGUCGGUGUGGGUCGAGGGAAGGAUGGCGAUGAUGAAGCCAGCCCAAUUUUCUUCAAGGAGGAUGUCUUUGAUCUUCUGAAACAUGACCAGCGCUGGUUGUGUGAGACUCCUUCCGUCCCUGGAUCGAAGCUGCUGGAUGCUGGGUGUCCUCGAAUCGUGACGGCGGCGCUGCUGGAAACCAAAGCCUCCCAGGAACGGUUCUUUGCCUUCUGUUGCCAUUUGGACCACCGGGGCAUGGAUCGUGCGGCUUUGCCCUUCUCCGCUGGGCUUCAGAUCCAAGCAAAGCAGGCAGAGAUCUUGCUGGACCAGGUCGAUGCUUUUUGCGAUGUGUCGUCCAGCACCUCAGAGCUGGGCGUCGCCGUGGCGCCGCGGGUGAUUUUGGGUGAUUUCAAUUCCUGGCGGAAUGCAGGAGCUCAUCUGGUGCUGUCUCAACGAGGAUACCAGGAAGCCUCCAGCGACUCGUCAAAAAGCUGGAUCGAUGGACAGCCCACCUUCACAGGCUUCCGCUCGGGACCGCUUUGGCGACGACUCCUGGAGAGGUUCCUGAGCGUUCAGAUCGACUGGAUCUUCGCUAAGGGCCACGUGACUCUAUCGAAGUAUGAGGUUGGGCCCGGCAGCUACAUGGCCAGUGAUGGCAGAACUCGAAAUCUCAGUGAUCACCUGAUGAUCGCAGCUGAUGUUUGCUUGCAACCUGAUGCUGCUUAG